CACGGACUACGGAGGUCGUGUCAGACAAGGGGCGAGGUGCGUGAAGAUAAGACCCACUGGCUGGACCGCGCAGAAGAUAAGUUUGAGGAGAGUUUUGUAGAAGAUGUGAAGAUUUUGCUGAAAGUAUUAUGGCUGUUCCUGCCCCUGCCAUUGUUCUGGGCAUUGUUUGAUCAGCAGGGCUCCAGAUGGACGCUCCAGGCAGAAGAAAUGGAUGGGUCAAUGGGAAGCCUUGGGCGAUUGAAACCAGACCAGUUUCAGGUGUUGAACCCACUGCUGAUCAUCGUCCUCAUCCCAGUAUUUGAACACAUCAUCUAUCCCCUGCUAGACUGCUGUAGACUGCCACACAGGCCUCUGCAGCGGAUGGUUGUGGGUAUGAGCUUCGGUGUUCUAGCGUUCAUAGUCGCAGGACUUGUACAGAUUAAACUAGAUGCCGGCAAGGAGGCACCCCUAGCCACGGGAGAAUCUGGCAUCACCGUCAUCAACACAAUCAAGUGCAAUAUCUCACUUACCUCCCCUUUCUAUACUGGCAACAUCAGCACCCACCAGUAUGCAGGUAUGUACCGACAUCAGAGCGGCAGCAUGUCGGUGUCUGCCGCCUGUGAGCAGGACAAGACAAGCUCCGUGACGGACACCUUCCUGUUUGAUGCAGCCACACCAUACCGCAUUGUCAUCAUGACGGAUUCUCAAGGUCACAUGACCUUGAAGCAGUUCCUAGACAAAAGGACAAAACCCAGUAAUGGACAGGCCGAUGUCAGUGUUGUCAGCAACCUGCCAUAUACCAACAGUUCCCAAAGAGUCAGACUGGUGCCAAUGAAAGGGAAGGAGGUGGCAGGGACGCCUGUCUACCUCAACAUCAGCCGAGACAACGCUACUGCGUACACCAGCAUGGAGCCAGCAGUGUACAAGGUGUCCCUCCCGCUACAGAGCCCAGGGGACACGUGGAAGGACCAGGCAGGCUUGAUGACAGUGCUGUCCGGGGCCACAUACACCCUGGCCCUUGUCAACAAAAACUCUGCCACGGACUUUAACGAUGAGGUAAGACCCGAGAUUUCACUAACUGCCACUCUACCGCAGACUUUAACGAUGAGGUCAGACCCGAGUCUUCACUAAAGGAAACACUGCCACAGACUUCAACAAUGAGGUAAGACCCAAGCCUUCACCAACUGCCACUCUGCCGCAGACUUUAACGAUGAGGUAAGACCCGAGAUUUCACCAAUGGAAACACUGCCACAGACUUCAACAAUGAGGUAAGACCCAAGCCUUCACUAAUGGAAACUCUGUGCAGACUUCAACAAUGAGGUAAGACCCAAGCCUUCACCAACUGCCACUCUGCCGCAGACUUUA